AUGAAGAAACAAUUCAAAUAUUGCAGACAAUUUCUUAAACAAGAUUUUUUUUUAUCUUUUGUCACUUUUUCUUCUUCUUCUGCCAUUUUUAGUUACUCCCCUUGUAUUUUAUUCAGGCUUAUUUCCUUCUCUCUCUCUUUCAUUUUCCUUCUCUCUCUCUCUUUCAUUUUCCUUCUCUCUCUCUCUUUCAUUUUCCUUUCUCUCUCUCUUUCAUUUCCAUUUCUCUCUCUCUUUCAUUUCCAUUUCUCUCUCUCUUUCAUUUCCAUUUCUCUCUCUCUUUCAUUUCCAUUUCUCUCUCUCUUUCAUUUCCAUUUCUCUCUCUUUCAUUUCAUUUUCUCUUGUCAUUUUUUCUCUCUCUCUUUUUUCAUUUCUUCUUUUCAUUUCUUUUGUCUCUUUUUUCAUUUCUCUCUUUUGUCUUUCUUCUCUCUCUUUCGUCUUUCUUCUCUCUCUUUCGUCUUUCUUCUCUCUCUUUCGUCUUUCUUCUCUCUUUUUCUCUCUUUCAUUUUUCUUAUGUUUCUUGUAUUUGCUUCUUCUUAUCUUUCUUCUGUUCAUUUUAUUUUCUCUUUCUUCUAUUUUCCCCUUCUUUUCUACUUUCAUUUCUUUUGUUUUCAUCUUCUCUUCCUUGUACUUGCUUCUUUAAAAGUUAUAUAUUUAAAUGUCAAAGUGCUAAAGUAUUUUACUUUUCUUAUUCUCAAGGACAGCUUUUAA